AUAACAAGACGAUAAUAACCAUAGACAAAAAUAAUGCGACAUGUAAGUACGCUUUUUCAAGCUUCAUGAAAACAACGGACUAUGAAGUGUGUAUGGAAGUGCGUUAGACUGAUUGCGCCGCAAAUUACUUUCUAGUGUGGCACGAGGUGAGGAAUGAAUGUGAAUAAAUCAUCAGCCUGAUUUGGUUAUUAAUAAGAGAAACGAAGACAAAACAUUUUUUUUUCAAGAUCACAAUGACAACUUUAGAGCAACAAGCUUCCAAACUUUUGGAUUUUAACCAAAAGUUAGACAUUACUUUACUGGAUAAUAUUGUGGGAUGCCUGUACUCGACCGUAGGAGAGCAGCAACGCAUCGCGCAGGACAUUCUGACCACACUUAAAGAACACCCCGAUGCCUGGACUCGGGUUGAUACAAUUCUGGAGUUCUCACAGAAUCAGGAAACAAAAUACUAUGCUUUACAAAUAUUAGAACAAGUGAUACAGACGAGAUGGAAAGUUCUCCCGAGAAAUCAAUGUGAAGGAAUAAAAAAGUACAUUGUGGGUCUCAUCAUAAAGAACUCAUCUGAUCCUGUCACUAUGGAAAGCAACAAAGUAUUUUUGAAGAAGCUUAAUUUGAUUCUGAUUCAAGUUUUGAAAAGAGAAUGGCCGCACAACUGGGAAACAUUCAUUAGUGAUAUUGUGGGUGCCUCAAAGACCAACGAAAGCCUUUGCCAAAACAACAUGGUGAUCCUCAAGCUCCUGAGUGAGGAAGUUUUUGUGUUCAGUACCGGCCAGCUCACUCAGACCAAAACCAAACAUCUGAAAGAUACCAUGUGUUCUGAAUUUAGCCAAAUAUUCCAGCUCUGUCAAUUUGUACUUGAGAAUUCACAAAAUGCCCCACUCGUGGAAGCCACGCUUCACACUCUAUUAAGAUUUUUGAAUUGGAUCCCAUUAGGCUAUAUUUUUGAGAUGAAACUCAUAAGCACACUAAUAUUUAAGUUCCUCAGUGUGCCGCUGUUCAGAAAUGUGACUCUGAGUUGCUUGACUGAGAUUGCAGGUGUGACUGUUAGCAAUUACGAAGAUCAGUUUGUUGCCCUGUUAGUUCAGACGAUGGACCAGCUGGAGGUGAUGCUGCCACUCACCACUAACAUCCGGGAUGCCUAUGCUACUGGACGUGACCAAGAACAAGUGUUCAUCCAAAAUCUUGCACUGUUUCUUUGCACCUACUUGAAGGAACAUUGUCAACUUAUUGAAAGACGAGGAUUGACAAAUACAUUGAUGAAUGCCUUGCGCUAUCUUGUGCUGAUUUCGGAAGUGGAAGAAGUAGAAAUUUUCAAGAUCUGUCUGGAAUUUUGGAAUUCUUUAGCUGCUGAUUUGUACAAAAUUGCCCCUUGUUCCCAAUCAUCAAAUCUAGUUCUGGGCAAAAGUAUGGGCAGGAAAGCUCUGUAUGCUGAUGUACUGAGCAGCGUGCGCUACAUCAUGAUCUCGAGGAUGGCCAAGCCUGAGGAGGUCCUGGUAGUUGAGAAUGAAAAUGGUGAGGUAGUGAGGGAAUUUAUGAAGGAUACAGAUUCUAUCAAUUUGUAUAAAAAUAUGAGAGAAACGCUAGUGUACCUUACUCAUUUAGACUACCAAGAUACAGAACGGAUUAUGACAGAGAAAUUGCAGGCUCAAGUGCAUGGCUCUGAGUGGUCUUGGAAGAACCUGAAUACAUUGUGCUGGGCCAUUGGCUCUACGUCGGGUGCAAUGAUGGAAGAGGAUGAGAAGCGCUUUUUGGUAGUGGUGAUUAAAGAAUUAUUGGGUUUGUGUGAGCAGAAAAAGGGCAAAGACAAUAAGGCUAUAAUUGCUAGUAACAUCAUGUAUGUUGUAGGACAAUACCCGCGCUUCCUCAGGGCUCACUGGAAGUUCCUGAAAACUGUUGUAAAUAAACUUUUCGAAUUCAUGCACGAAACUCACGACGGCGUACAGGAUAUGGCUUGUGAUACGUUUAUUAAAAUCGCAUUGAAAUGUCGUCGCCACUUUGUUACCACACAGGUUGGCGAAGCAUGCCCAUUUAUAGAGGAGAUUUUGAGCACAAUCAGUUCCAUUAUUUGUGACUUGCAAACUCUUCAAGUUCACACAUUCUAUGAGGCUGUUGGAUACAUGAUUAGCGCACAAGUGGACCAAGUUGCCCAGGAGCAAUUGAUUGAAAAGUACAUGUGUCUGCCCAACCAGGUGUGGGAUGAUAUAAUUUCGCAGGCAUCCCAUAAUGUGGAUAUUUUGAAAGACCCUGAGGCUGUCAAACAGUUGGUCAGCAUCCUAAAAACGAACGUGCGUGCCUGUCGCGCUCUCGGGCAUCCAUAUGUCGUGCAACUCGGCCGAAUAUAUCUUGACAUGCUGAACGUCUACAAAGUUAUGUCAGAAAACAUAAGUCAAGCGAUUGCACUGAAUGGUGUCGCCGUCACGAAGCAGCCUCUUAUUAAAAACAUGAGAAUUAUCAAAAAGGAAACACUGAAGCUCAUCUCUAGCUGGGUUUCACGCUCCACAGACAAUAGCAUGGUACUGGAGAACUUCAUUCCGCCCCUUCUAGAUGCCGUUCUACUAGACUACCAGAGAACCGCAGUUCCAGACGCGAGAGAACCCGAAGUAUUAUCAUGCAUGGCAGCCAUAGUGUAUAAGCUGGGAGGCCACAUCACGUCAGAGGUUCCGAAGAUAUUUGACGCAGUUUUCGAAUGCACCUUGGAGAUGAUAAACAAGGAUUUCGAGGAGUACCCGGAUCACCGGACAGAGUUCUUCUUGCUGCUACAGGCUGUGAACACAAACUGUUUCAAGGCAUUCCUGAGUAUACCGCCGGCGCAGUUCAAGCUCGUGUUGGAUUCUAUAAUUUGGGCGUUCAAGCACACGAUGCGUAACGUGGCCGACACGGGGCUGCAGAUCCUGCACCGGUUGCUGCAGAACGUGGAGCAGCACCCGCAGGCGGCGCAGAGCUUCUACCAGACGUACCUGUGCGACAUCCUGGAGCACGUGUUCAGCGUGGUCACGGACACGUCGCACGGCGCGGGGCUCACCAUGCACGCCACCAUCCUGGCGUACAUCUUCUCGCUGGUGGAGGCGGGCCGCGUCACGGUGCCGCUCGGCCCUACGCCUGACAAUGUCCUCUACAUACAGGACUAUGUGGCUAACCUCUUGAAAACUGCAUUUUCUCAUUUGACGGACAAUCAAAUAAAGAUCACCGUGCAAGGGCUGUUCAACCUGGACCAGGAUAUUCCAGCCUUCAAGGACCACUUGAGAGACUUCUUAGUUCAGAUAAGAGAAUACACGGGCGAGGACGACAGCGACCUGUACCUGGAGGAGCGGCUGUUUGCGCUGCGGCAGGCGCAGGAGGAGAAGCGGCGCGUGCAGCUGUCCGUGCCCGGCAUGCUCAACCCGCACGAGCUGCCCGAGGAGAUGCAGGACUAGGCCGGCCCGGCU